UUAUAUUUUUGAUCUGUAUAAAAUGGUUAAAGAUACAAAGUAUUACGACAUUCUCGAAGUUAAGCCUGGUGCAACUGAACAUGAAUUGAAAAAAGCUUAUCGGAAAUUGGCUCUUAAAUAUCACCCUGACAAAAAUCCCGAUGAAGGUGAACGCUUCAAGCUUAUUUCACAGGCCUAUGAAGUGCUCAGUGACCCAAAGAAGCGUCAAGUUUACGACGAAUAUGGAGAGGAUGGAAUUAAAGGAGGUGGAGAUGGUGGUGGUAUGCACAAUCCCAUGGACAUUUUCGAGAUGUUCUUUGGUGGUGGAGGCUUUCGAAGUGAAAAACCGACAAAGGCUCGAGAUACUGUCCAUGAGUUGAAAGUCAAUUUGGAAAAGCUUUAUAAUGGUUGUACCAAGCAUUUAAAAAUUAAUAGGUUUUUAUUCAAUUCUAAAUUAUUUUAUUUAUUUUUUAGACAUAUUAUCUGUCCAAAAUGUGAAGGUGUGGGUGGUGCAAAGGGAGCAGUUAGUAAAUGCCAAACUUGUGGAGGCCGAGGAGUUGAAGUUUUUAAUCAACAAAUUGGACCUGGAAUGAUUCAACGGAUUCAGCGUAACUGCUCACAGUGUGGAGGAGAGGGUGAAGUUAAUAAGGACCCUUGUAAAAAUUGCAAAGGAAAAAAGAGGAUUCGUUCUGAUGAGACUAUUGAAGUUCAUAUUGAGAAGGGUAUGCGAGACGGCCAGAAGUUGGUGUUUAAUGAAAAAGGAGACCAACAGAUUGGACUUGAGCCUGGUAACGUCAUUAUCGUCUUGGAUGAGGAAUCGCAUCCUACCUUCACUAGGAAAGGAUCUAAUUUGGUUUUGAAUAUGAAAAUUACUUUGACUGAAGCUCUUUGCGGGUUUACUCGGCGUAUUGAAACACUUGACAAGCGGUUAUUGGUGUUCACUCAAUUGCCAGGUGAAGUAAUUCAUCAUCACGAUUUGCGUGUUGUGCAUGGAGAAGGAAUGCCAGUUUUUCGUCACGAUCAAAAAGGCGAUUUACUAAUUCAAUUUGAAGUCGACUUUCCUGAUCGUUUGCCAUUUAAAAGUGUUGAACAGCUUCGGAAAUUGUUGCCUGAUGGAGAUGAAAUUCCAGAAGAGCCUAUGAUAACAAAUGUGACAGAAGAAAUUAAUUUGGUUCCGGUAGGCAUCAAUUUGCGUGAAAUUUUGCAGGCACAAGAAAGACAGGAAAUGCGUAAUGGUGGAGGUGGUGGUGGGGCACAGGCUGUUAGAUGCGCUUCUCAAUAA